UACCUCUGUACCCAAGAGUGAACGGAACAGAAUUUCGCUCUGUCCACCUCGGCCUUGAUGUGGUUGCGGGCUUGUAUUGCGGGUUGCGGGGAAUUUCGUGGCAGUUUCGAUCGAAGCGAAACGAGAUACGAGACCGCUCAACCGCUCGAAUAGUCGUCCGGUCUGUGACUCAACGUGAUUUCAUUAAUUAUUGUUACAAUUGUAAUUUACAUAAAUCCAUUACAAUUGUAAUUAAAAGUUCAUAAACUUUUUCUUGAAUUCAAUCGUAUGAAAAUGAUCGAGGACAUCCGGGUUUAGAUUAUUUCGUAGCUUUUGACAAGUGUCGUUUAUUUUGGCCGGCCAUUUUGUAUUUAUUUUCGUGUUGUUUGUAGCAACAGUCAGUGACAGAACUUCGCGGAAAAUAAAAUUAGCAUUUUCCGUAAAUCGUUAUAAUUGUUUUCCUAUAUUGUAGUGAAAUUGGGAAUAUUUUGACAAGCGGAAAACUCGUAUGAGUGAAAAUUGUUUGAACUUUUGCGUUUAGAAAUAAAAGAUUACUGUGGAUUUUGAAUCAAAUUUGCACCGAGUUUGGAUGCAGUUUUCAUCUAAUUGGAACAUGAUCGUUAAACAUGGAAAAUAAGCUUGAAACUGAUUUAGCUUCAUCCCCAAGAAACGAUGAGUCAGAUGGUGAUGUUCAAGAUCCAGUAGAUCAAGAGGAAGAAGACGAAUACGAAGAGCCAGAAGAAAAAGUAAUCCCAAAUAACAAUGUCCAAAAUAUAUUAAAGAAGUUGCAAUCCUCAGGGGCACUUAUAAAAAAACCUAAGCAAGAAUACAGGUGUGUUACCUGUGACGAAGGUUACACCAGUUGGGAGGUGUUAGAAAACCAUCUGAUCCAGCACGUGUCACUGCCCUCUGUGGUGCUCGACAAGCUGCCUUCGGACGACGAGGACACUCCUCCAUCUGGAGAUGAGAACUGGUCAGAUGAAGAAGAAGACGCACCACUGCCAAAACCGGCCGCAUCGAAAGCAACGCCUAAAAAACUCGAUGUAUCUCAGUUAAUGAAUCUGAACAUAAAAAAACCUACAGCACAAAAUAAAAACUCCGAUGCUGCACUUAGUAAACUAAGCGGGCUUGGUUUCACAAUCAAAAAGAAUGCAACCCCUAUAAAGAAAGAACCAGAAGACAGCUCCAAUGAUCUUAUGAAUAAGUUGGGCAAACUAGGCGGCAUCAAACUGAAACUAAAAUCAGACGGGAGCAGUAAAAAUUCUUUUACAGUUGUUAAUGGUUUGAAAGAUUUCAAAACGUCCGAUGAUGAAGAUGAGGAUGGAGAAGAAAGCGGUAAUGAGGAGAGUAGAGAUGAUCAAGAAGGUGAAAACGAUGAAGAUCAAGACAAGUUAGUUGAGCAAGAAGAGUCUGGGGCCGAUCAAGAUUCAGCCGAUGAAGAAACUGGGAAUAAAAGCAGGACGAAUUCCGAAAGCGACGAUGCCAAUAAAAUUAAUAAAAAAAUUGCUAACGCACUUAAAAAUUUGCAAGGUAAAUCGGUGCACAUAAAAUCUGAAACAUUAAAAGUGCCAAAAACUGAACCUGCGCAAUCACCUUCUAAAUCUGUGUCUCAGGAAGUUAAACAGCCAAAGAGACCAGGUAGGCCAGCAGUGAAACAAACUCCAAAGAGAGGUGCAAAUCUUCCAAUACAAAAAGAAUUUCAUGCGACUCAAGCAACACCAACGCCACCCCCCACCCCGCCCGCUGUACCUGAACGACGCGAAUCUCGAGACGUUAACAAUGUUGUAGUGAAACAAGAAGUGGAUAAUGAAGACAAUAGAGUCACCACAAACACUACACCAUUAUUUUCCACACAAAUCAAAUCUGAAAGAACUUCUCCACCACCAAUCAAUUCGACACCCACUAUUACGUCGGUUAAGAGCGAACCUGAUGCUCACGCAGUCACAAAUGCAGAACCCUUAUUUUCUAAUCAAAACACUCCUUCAAACACAGCUCCUUUACUACCCGUCACAAAGAAAGAGACUGAAGACCUGACUAUUAUAGAAAUAAAUGGUGAUUCUGGAGAUGACGAUGACGAUUGCUGUGUAGUGUCAGCUACUCCUGCGCCUGAUAUUAAACCAAUCAUCCCAAAAACCGAGACUCCUGCUUCUGUCUACCCACCACCAGCGUUUCCUGCUUCCACCCCUUCAACGCAACAUACGCCAUCAAGUUUCGCUUCAACUCCUAUGCUAUCCUCUCGCCUGUCUACAGCACCGUCUACUGAAAAACAACAUAAUUUUAAUUGGAAUGCACCAGAUUCGAAACCUCAUCUUGAUAUCUUAGAAAAAAGUACUGAUGAAAUCUUUGAAAGCUUGUUGUCAAGUGCGACGAAAAAGGAAAGGGAUCUUGCACUUUCAGACGCCAGUGAAUACAUUUCAAUAGACACUUUAGGCCCGCAACAUACUUGCGAUGUUUGCAAUACUAGGUUUACGGACAUGUCACUUUUAGAGGAACAUAAACGCAUGACUGGUCACUCCAUGAGUCUUAUCACGCCAUCUGCUUCCUCCUCUCUACUUCCUUAUAGUCAUAAUCAGUCUUCAAAUAUCCUUUCCAGUUUAUUACCAGUAAAACAACUCGCGGAGCAAGUUGGGAAAUUGUCGGGCAUGGGAAGCGGGCCAGGUUUUACGCAUCAACAGAAUGUCAUGAUAAAUAUUCAAGCGUACCCUGGCGCUGGGGGGACGAUGGGGCCUCCACAACCUUAUAACGCGUAUCCAGGUGCUUCCGCUUAUCCGCAAACUCCAAAUAAUAUGUACGGAGCGACUGGACAACAAAUGCCGGGACAGUAUCCAGGGCAGCACUACAUGGGCCAGCAAGGUUAUGGGCAAUAUCAACAACCUAUGUCAAAAGCCGGUUUCCCUGACAACACAUACGCGCCGAACACGCCGUACUCCGCCGCUUCCCCUCUUCAAAAUAUGCAACAGGCUUACGGGCCGACUUCUGCCGGCAUGAUGAACACACAAGCUGCGAUGGGUCAAAUGGGGCCUCCUGGAUCAGUGCCUAUUAAUCAGGUCGGUAACCAAUACGCCCCCGCUUCAAGUCCUGGUGGCACGAUGAAACCGCCAUCUAGUAGUAACGUUAGGAUACAGAACGUACAAACUUUCGCACCGGGUCAGCUGGUCGGCGCUGCGGGCUCGGAAAUGGCUGCUCCUGGACAGAUUGUAGGAGGUCAGAUGCCUUCGCCUAGUCAAAUCAGAAUGGCUCCUGGAGCCACAGUGACGGGGACUAGACCUAGGAUGCCGAGCACAGUCAGAGGUGCGAGGCCAUCUAUCAGGCCUGGCAUACAAGUACACGGGCAAGUGAGAGGAAGCAAAGUAGGCGGACCUCGAAUGCCACUAAAGAGGCCGGGAGGAAUGAUGAACGCUCAGGCACAGAAGCAGCGAAGGCCCGAUAUGCUGCUUCCAGGGAAGCACGAUAACGAAGAUUGUCAGGUCAUGGCUAUGCAAAAGCAAAGGGAAGGCAUGCCUAUGAUCCAUAGCGUUCAAGGGGCGAAGGAUAAACUGAAUCUCGGUAGCCAAAUAUCUAUAACGAAGAAAACUGUGAAUAGGGAAGCGAAUGACAUGGCCAGGGCGUUAGCAUCUCGAGGGAUCAGCGUCAAACAGAAGCAGAAAAGUAGGUCGCCUAGUCCGGAACGACCUGUGCCCCGUAUUCCUAACCUUGGCGCCGGAGUCAGUAUCAAACAUGCAAAUAAAUCUAAUAAUUUCUCUAUUCCCGAAGCGAAAGUGGGCGGUGGUAUGUUGUCGUGCAAGUUAUGUAAAAAGAUGUUUAUGAAUCACAACUCCUUACAAGUACAUAUGGCGAAUGCUCAUCCGCAGAGUAAAAUACCGAUGUUUAAAUGCGACGAGUGUCCCGCAUCGUACCCUAAAUCUUUACAAUUGCAACAUCAUAAAAGGGUGUUCCACAAUGUCUCUGGUCCGAAUAGGGAAUUAGGGUUGCCUGUUGUAGAUCUAUCUCAAGAAGAUAACUUAAAACGGUUAAGUAGUUUAGGUAUAUAUAGUUUCAUUCCCCUAGCGAAUAGGGAGCAGGCGAGCGGUUGCUUCGGGAUUCCUGUGGUGUCCGUUCAUAAUGGCAUGUCGAAUAACCUACAAGCACUUGGUGCGGAUGGAUUAUUAAGUUUAGGCCCUUUAAAACCCUUACCGAAUUCUUAAUUUUGUUUUGAUAUUUUAGUAUUAAAUUCGCAGCUUCCUUUGAUUUUCUGGGGUAGCGUGAAGUUAACUUACAUCUAAGUUAGAUGUUAGUUUACUGACCGGAAAACUUUUAAAAAUAAUAGGGCCUAUUAUAACCAGACAGUGGCCUUGAGAUAAAUGUCACGCUUGAAAUAAGGCCGGUGCAGACCUAAUGCGUAACGCUGCGUUGCGUACGUGUGCACGCAUGUGUUACAAUGCAAUACAAUAAAUGCGUACCGCUACGCAUUACGUACAGGCCUUUAAGGCUCCCAUUCACAUUCAUGGUACUGUGUACUCACACAAGUGGUCACAAGCAUAUUUCUAACUUUUGUAUUAUACAUUGACGUAAGUUCAGUUUCACAUUUCGAAUCAGUUAAGUUCCUUGUAAUGUUUACAGUGUGACUGCUAAACAUUGACUGUAUAAUACUCUAGAAAUAAGAUAUAGCAGUAAGAAUUUGCGAAUGUAAACUAAUAUAGCUUUGUGCAAAGUUUAAACAAGUAUUUUUUACAAAAACAUUUUGUUUCGUUAUAUAAGUCCGGUCCUAACAGAAAUCGGGAAUCCUUUUUUAUUUAAGAUACAGAUAGAUAUUUUUAUACUACACAAAUUUUACUGAUUUGGUUUUCAAAGAAAUCUGUGUCAAUGUAUGCUGGUCUAUCCUAUAUUUGACUUCUCAGCUGAUCGGAAACAAGUCGAAAUUUUAUGGAUUUUCUCUGUAAAUUAUUUUGGUUAUUCCAUUUAGCUGGUUAAUGAGGAUUAACGCGAACGAACUCGCCGCUAGGGGCGCUGGUGUAAAAAAAGGUUAAUUUCACGUCUGUAUUGUGCGCAUAUGCGCGGGAUUUCUUAAAAUAUCAGCCAUAACAGGAACUUACAUAAAAAUUAACUGGAAUGAUUUCGAGUUACACAUGUCAAAAUAAUGACAUGAAAACUAGACCUACGUUGUUAACAUGUACCUUACCGCGCAAGAAGAAAUCGGAGUAUGGGAUAAAAAACAUAGUUAUACAUGUACUUCGGAAAGUUCUUGGAAGUAUUGGCACAUAUUUAUUAAUGUUUAUAGUUAGUAAUCACUAAUUAUAAACAUAGUUACUUCCUAAUCGGCUCCAAUAUUAACUAUACUUCAUGAACGCGAUUUUGAACACGUCUGUCAUUUCCAAAAUCUGGCAUUUGUCGAUGAUACCCUUCCUGAGUACCUAUAUAUAACUUUGUGCAAUAAAAUAUAUACGUUUAUGAGAUUGAAUUAUUGUUAUGGCAUUAUUUUCAAUUCGUCUGUUUAAUUUCAAAGAGAAUAAAAGACUUUGUUUUGAUUAUGUUAUCUAUCAUAACUAGUUUGAUUUAAGUAGUGUAUUUCCGCGUAUGUUUAACCAGAGACGUUAAUAAUACCGGCAUAUCUAUGAAUUUCGCCAACUGCGUGACUUGUUCGAGUAUGUUUGUACCUCCCCAAUUUUUCCAUAGGUAUACAAAUUACAAAUAAUAAACAUUUCGUUCUGUGUACUAUGGUGAAGAUUGUCAACUAUAAUCAGAAAUCGAAAAAAUAUUUAUUCGUAUCUUAUAUUAAUUAGCGUACUUUAUACUCAAUUCCUUUCGGUUUCACUUUGUGUGGAGCUUGUCAAAUUACUUUUCAUAUGUACCUAUAUGAUUUGAUAUAUAGAUGCGAAUCGAAAAAAUAAUAACUGUGAUUUAUUACUGUGAAAAAAAUGCUUCAUAAUUUUCAAUGUAUAAAAAUAUUACACGUUAAAAGGUUUGCAAAAAAUAGGUACUUACUUGAUAAGUUUGACUUUUCUAGCAAGGAUGCUUGUUUUAUACGAAAUAAAAAUUAUUAUAUGUUUUUUGAGUUAUUCAGUAAAAAUGUAAGCAAAUUUUUUUUGUGUCGAGUCGCACACUAUGAUCGUAAUAUCAUACAUAUAUAAAACUACCAUGUAGCAUUUUAUGUGACACUAUCAGAAUUAUACGAAUUUUAUUUAAAUAAGCUUUGUAUAUAUGCAUAUUUGGUGCAAAAAUUAGAUAAACAGAGAUAUUUUAGGUUCGUUAAGAAUUUAAGUAUAGUUAUUUCAAGAUUUUGUAUUUGAGUUAUAAUUGUAACAAACUUUUGUUUAUGAUUAUUAUUUCGAUGAGAGGGUUUGAUUAAACAAGAACUACUAAAA